AUGCAUUUCCAGGAUCUCUUAACUACAAUGGUUUUAUUUACCUUUCUAAUAGGAAUAAAAAUGAAUCCUGCAAACCUGGUGAUGGGAGUUUUCUCCUUCUCCCAUGUUACAGUGGGAACGCUUGGCAAUUCCUUAAUUCUCAUUUAUCAUGUCACUUUGAUAUUCAGUGGAAAGCAUUUAAUGCCCAAAGACCUUAUUAUACAGCACUUGACUUUUGCCAACUGCUUGUCUAUCGUCUCAAGAGGCAUUCCACAGACAAUGUCUGAUUUUGGACUUAAGGAUUUCCUUGAUGACACUGGAUGUAAAUUGAUAAUGUAUAUUUACCGAAUAACAAGAGGGAUGUCCCUGUAUACCAUGUGCCUACUAAGUUGCUUCCAAGCAAUCACAAUCAACCCCAACAAUUCCAGGUGGAUGAAACUUAAACUCAGAGCCUCUGAGUACAUUGGUCCCUCCUGCUCGCUCGGUUGGCUUGGGCACCUAAUUCUAAAUAGCUUGACUCCAGCGAGAGUGUCAGGCCCCAGUUACAACAAAAAUGUGACUAACAAGGUGACUUCUGAAUAUUGCUCAUGGUUUGCCUCUGGCAAUAUGGCAACUGCACUUUACAUGCUCUUACUGUCUGUCUUUGACGGGCUGUGUCUGGCUCUCAUGGCCUGCUCAAGUGUCUCCAUGGUGAGUAUCCUCUACAGACAUAAGAGACAAGUCAGGCAUAUCUACAGUGCUCAGCACUCUCUGAAAGUCUCGUCUGAGGACAGAGCCACCCGAACUAUUCUCAUCCUGCUGUGCACAUUUGUCAUUUCUUAUUCAUUUUCUUCCAUUCUGAUCAUCUUUAGGGCCUACUCUAAAGGUCCAGUGCUGUGGAAAGAGAGUGUAUUUAUAUUUCCAGAAAUAUUCUUUUCCAUAUUUUGUCCCUUUGUUCUCAUCCACAAUUCUAUUUGUAGCCAACUUUUGCCCUGCUGUUUUAAGAGAUAG